AUGGUCAAGGUUGAUAGUAUGAAGAAUGGAUUUCUCGUGAUACCUUUCAAAUUACCGAAAUACAAGUCAGUAGAAAAAGUGUUGAACAAGAAAGAUGCAUAUCAUUAUAUGUUCUUUAGAAGGCAUGAAAGUAAGAACGAACAGGAAAAAAAUUGUUUAUUUGUUGUGAAUAUUCCAUUAUUGACCAAUCUAGAUACAUUAAAAGGGAUUAUGAACAAGAUUUGUGCCUCUAAUGACACAGUUUCACAUAUAGAAGAUUUAUUAUUCAAUGAUGAAUUCGGCCUUCAAGAAAUAGAUUUAUCCUCACUCACGUCAGAUUUAAUGGCAGAUUCUAGCCUAGCAGAAAAAAGAUUCACUCCAAGAAAUACAGCAUUAUUAAAGUUUUUAGAUGAACCAAGUCUGAACAAUUGUUGGAAUUCCUUAAAAAGAUAUUCUAAAAAUAAACCUGAAAACCUUCUUGAGUGGGCUUAUACUUCUCCAUCCAUUUCCACAUUCGUUAGUUUCUAUAAACCUUUAGAUAUUGAUUAUUUGAAAGAAAGCGUCUACACACACCUGUCACUAUUCGAACAGCGGGAAGAACAAGCACAAGAAGAUAUUCAACGCUCUUUAGUUGAUGAAGACGGUUUCACCUUGGUAGUAGGUAAAAAUACAAAGACGUUGAACUCUAUAAAGAAAAAGAUAUUAAAUAGGAACCCACUAUCGAAGCAUGAAAGUAAGAAACCAAUACUUACUACGGUAGAUAAAAAGGCAAAGAAAGAUUUCUAUAGAUUCCAAGUUAGGGAACAUAAGAAGCAAGAAAUUGAUCAAUUAUUAGCUAAGUUUAAGCAAGACCAAGAAAAGGUAAAAAUAAUGAAAGCUAAAAGAAAAUUCAAUCCAUACAAAAAUAAUUUGUAA